CCUCCACCUAGCAGCCAUGCUAACAUUCGUAAAAAUAUGGCAUAGCUGCGCGCUCUUCGAGUAAGAGCGUACGGUCUGGCAUGGAGGUUACAUCGUCCGUGGUCGUAAAAUGAUACCGUGCGACGGGAUCCUCUGUGAAUCAUAAUCAUCGUUCCUCUUUCGUUCAAGGUUCACUCACCAAUGUCACGUGUAAGCUCCACGUGAGAUUAUUGCUCGCGAAUCGCUGGAAAAUCGCGAACACCGACAACAAAGUGAAAGGAAAUUCUACACGAUGGAUACCAGAGUGUUACUUGUGUUCACGAGUAUUUUUGCUGCGAGCCACUCCACCACCAAAGACCUCGACUUGGGCACAAUCGUUUUCGCGAAUCUUUUAUACAGACACGGUGACAGAACUCCUAUCUCUCCUUACCCUACUGACCCUUACCACAAUGAAACUUUCUGGCCAGUUCCAUAUGGAGAAUUAACAAAUCUUGGUAAACACCAACAAUUGCUUCUCGGUCGUUGGUUACGAAAACGAUAUUCCUAUCUUCUGUCCGCUACUUACACACGAUACGAUAUCUACGUGCAUAGCACUGACGUAGAUCGCACGUUGAUGUCGGCUGAAGCGAAUCUAGCGGGACUUUAUCCACCAACAAAGGACCAAAUUUGGGACCGCAUUAAGUGGAUGCCAAUCCCGAUACAUACCAUUCCAGAGGACCAAGAUUACGUAUUAAGCGGCAAGAAGUACUGCGCGCGAUACAAAUACGAGCUAGAAAAGGUCUUACGAUCACCUGAAAGGCAACGAAUAAAUAAUGCGAAUGCAAAGCUCUACAGCUAUUUAUCCAAGAACACUGGACUCAAAAUUUCUACGCUAGAAGAUGUCGAACACUUAUACAAUACCUUGUAUAUUGAAAAUUUAUACAACAAAACUCUACCGCAGUGGACAACAUCGGUAUUCCCAGACAAGCUGAAGCCUCUUGCUGAACUCAGUUUUACGACUGAUGCAUACAACAAAAUACUUCAAAGAUUAAAGCCGGGUCCAUUACUUGGGGAAAUGAUAGAUCACAUGAUCAAGAAAUCGCAGAAGAUGUUGAAACCUGAUAGAAAAAUAUGGAUGUACAGUGCUCAUGAUCAAACUAUUGCGAAUUUGCUAAUGGCCCUGAAAUUAUUCGAACCGCACUGUCCACCUUAUGUUGCUACGGUCCUGAUAGAGUUAAGAAUAAACCCCAAAAAUCAGUAUUUUGUAACGGUUUCGUACAAGAAUAGUACCGAAGAACCGAUAGUUAUGACGUUACCGGGCUGUACUAUGUUGUGCCCUUUAGAAGAUUUUAUUACUUUGACUAAAGACAUUGUACCUGAGGACUGGGAAAGAGAAUGUCUAUUAAAUACAGGAAAAUACGAGUACAAUCUAAACACGGCAGUGGCUAUCACAAUACUGGUGUUAUCUAUAACGUUAGUACUUUUACUAGUUAUAUUAGUAAUUGGCUGCGUGUAUUGGCGAGAUAAAAAAGAACACAAACAGUAUUAUUUUCGUCUGACAACUGAUGCCAUAUAACGUUAUCCAUAGAAUGUUGGCCAUAAAUUAGCAUGGUGAAGCAAAAAAGAAAUUACAAGUAAUUAUUAAUAGUUGUGUGAUGUGCUUGCGAAAAAAUUAGGUGUAACGUUUUUAGUUAAUAUGUGACGAGUGUUUCAUCCAGAAAUCCAUACUCAAACUUGGUACAAAAUAUUCUUUGUUGAAAACAGGGAAAUAAUGUAGGAAUGGCGACCUCCUUUUGUUGGCUCAUUAUCUUGGCAAUUGAUUUUCUCAUCUUCUAUCUUUCUUCGAGUACGAUAUAUGUCCACUCAUAUACAGGGUGUUCAAAAAGUCCCGGACCGUGAAAUAUCUCGAAAACUAAGCAUUUUAGAAAAAAAUGUUUCAGAUAAAAGUUGUGGCGUUUAAAAAGAUGUAUUUACUGAUCACAUCAGUUUGACCUUGG